AUGGAUUUUGCAAUGAUGUGCUCAACCUCAUCGACACCUCACUCAUCAGGACAGCUACUAAUUCAGAAGCUAAAGGAGACUAUCACAGAUAUAUCUCAGAAUAUUCAAGUGGAGAUCAACAUAAACAGGCUGCAGAAGGAGCAUUAGAAGCUUACUCACAAGGCUUCAAAUGUCGCCAACUCUGAGCUCAAAACCACAAAUCCAAUUAGAUUAGGUCUUGCACUCAACUUCUCAGUUUUCUACUAUGAAGUCUUGAAUGACCCAACAAAGGCAUGCAGCUUAGCUAAACAAGCUUUCGAUGAUGCCAUCGCUGAUAUCGAGUAAAUCGAAGAAUCUUAAUAUAAGGAUGCCACCACAAUUAUGCAAUUAAUUAGAGACAACCUCACUCUUUGGACUUCUGAAUUGGAAGAUGAAGAAGGACCCAAAUGA